AUGUUCCCAGUCGAUGACUGUUCCAACAAGACCAAUUCGGAAGCCUUUAUCAACCUUCAGAAGUGGGAAAUCGCGACAUUUUUCACACCGGACGUCACUCUGGACGAAGACGACACGAAGGACCAACGUUCUCCGCGCUCAGUGCCAGAUCCGGUCGCUGGAGCAGACGCUGUCCCAGCUGAAACGGGAUAUCCACUCGCCUGGUCUAGCGUGGAUCAAGGGUUCGCUGGGAGAGCGUCUUUCUGCAGGCCUUCGACGCCCCCAAGAAGGAGCCGCCCACCUGCGAGUUAUGGUGAUGUGGAUGCUUGCGGUGGUAUUUCUAUCAAGGCGGGCGGAGCUACAAUUUCUUCCCUUCUUUCUCUCAUCAAAGGCAUGCUAUGA